AUGAAAGAUGUGCUCAUAGGCGACGAAUCAAUACGGAGGUUGGUAUCUCCGUAUUACCUUGACAGGAUCGAUGGAAUUAUCAAACAUAUCGAUAUUCGAUUUGCCCAUCAGGAACUGAAAGCAAAGUUUAAUCGAAUCGCUUGGGAUUACAUCAAUCCAUCGGUUUUUAUCAAUAUUUGCAAAUGCUGUGUCGUUGUCCAACACAUACUCUCCCCCUUACACCAAAAGGCCCCAUCAGUUGUUCAGAUCCAUACAUCUCCUAUAAUCAAAAGCAAAGAGGCCUGCUAUUGA